GUGUGUGUGUGUGUGAGGGGGCCUGGCCGUUCGGCUGUCACUCAUUGUGCGUGGUUGCGCGGUUUUCCACGCAGCUCGCGCUUUUGCUGAAUUAUUCAUGAGAAUGAGUGACGUUUUUAUGCAGAUUAGCUGUUCUAUUUCAAUACGCGGGAGGCGGAGCCACGCACUGCACGUAAAGAGGGGGAGUGCGAGGUUGGAGAACUCUCUCACACCGCUCACAAGAGCUUGGCCUGUUAGAUAGUUUGGCUCUGCACCUUAUCUCUGUCUAGGCGUGAGAGCAGCUUGAGGAGAGGCUAACAGUCAGAGAGAGAGAAUGAUGCAAAAGUAACAGAUCGAUGCCAUUGGCCGAGGCGCCCGCAGUGUCUCCCACAGGAAAAAGAUGAUCAGGAUGUCAUUGGACAAAGAGACUGUUCUACCGCGUGAUGGGCGGGGUGACGCUGCUGUCCCAGAAGGCCCUGCGUCAGGAGGAGGGGGGGGAGUGGACAGGGUGGGUGGGGUAAUGAUGUCCCCUCACCCUCCCUGUCUGGGACCAACCGGAUUCACCGGAAGUUUGGUUCUAACGGAACAGCCACAUCCCCACGGCCCCAAAACAAGAAGUACACACCCCCUAAAGACCAAAAACGGCCUUCAGCCCCUCCACAACAACCCCCAGGUCUUCCCUCCAGGACAGCAGCAGCGAAUGGGGAAGCGGCGCUACUCCCUUGGCGGCAGCUUCAAGCACCCGGGCUUCGGGAAGCGCCGUCGCCGCGCCAACAGUGACAGUCAAUCAGACCCUGUCCUUCCCUCCAACUUCCUGUUGGGCGGGAACAUUUUCGACCCGCUGAACCUCAAUUCUCUAAUGGAUGAGGAGGUGAGCCGCACACUGAACGCCGAGACGCCCAAGUCCUCGCCCCUACCGGCCCGGGCCAGAGACCCUGUAGAGAUCCUGGUACCGCGUGACAUCACAGACCCCCUGAACCUGAAGAGUGGGGGAGGAGAGGGGGAGGAGGGGGGAGGGGUGCUGGUCUCCCCCAUGAAAAACAGGAAGAGACACCGCAACCGUCACCACGGAGGAGGAGGGGGGGGGGCGCAGCCUGAACCCCCCACACAGGCUGAGGGGUCAAAGGUAGAAGCUGGGGGUGAUUCGGGGACAGGAGGUGAGGUGUUGGCUCUGUUCCCUGCCAGCGUCAGCGUUACUGGUGAGCUAGCUGCAGUACCGGAGGCUCCCAGAGAGGGCCUCUCUGGAAGCACAGUGCCACAGUCUCCUCUGCCCUACGAACUCAACACCACCAUCAACUGUCGGGAUGAGGUAGUUCCGCCCAUUCUGCCCCGGAGACACACCCACCCGCCACUUGGCUCCACCUCUAAACCCCGUCCACAUGGCGACGGAGGCCAUCGGCAGCGUAAACGGCGGCGUACCACCUCAACGAGAUCUGACCAUUCGUCGGUUACUCCGACCCCCGCCCUCACCACUGCCCCACCCAACACCUUCCAGACCCCCCUGGUGCCAGGAUCAGGCCUCAGAGUUCAGAGGUCAGGGUCAGUGGUGGGAGGUCAGCAACAGCCCCAGAGUUCCUUCCGCCACAAACCCCAGAAGAAGAAAAACAGGUUCCAGCACGGCAACUACAGCCGUUAUUACGGCUACCACGGUUACUACGGUUACCGUGAUGGGCAGGUGGGGCGGUUUGAGGACCCUCGUCUGGGCCUGCUUCGACCCGAUUGGUUCAGAGGGAAGACAGUGCUGGACAUUGGCUGCAGCACCGGUCAUCUGACCCUGGCCAUCGCACGCCACUUUAACCCGGCCCACAUCCUAGGUAUUGAUGUGGACGGGCGGCUGGUGCACGCCGCUAGGCAGAACAUUCGCCACUUCCUGUCCGAACGACUCACACAGGAUGCCAGGGGUAGGGAGGAGGGGAUAGGGGAGAGCGGGGGAGAAAGUAAACAGAAAGCAGAGACAGCUGAGCAGAGUGAAGGAAGAACACAGAGCGGAACUAAGAUGGCGUCCGGUACGGCUGAGAAGAAGAUGGAGGAGGAGGUCCAGAACGAGGAGUGUAGCGCUCUAGAGGAACUGAAGAGAACCCUGACGUUGCUGUCGCCCUCGAGUGGCCCCCGGGGUGUAGGUCGCCCUCUCCCUCCGUUCCCCCUCUCCUUCAGGGUGUGUCGGGGUCCCAUGGCUGCUCCCCCCCUCUUCCCCCCCUCCACGCUGGCCCACGGAACACCUGGAACAUUCCCCAACAACGUCUCCUUCAUAACGGGUGAUUACAUGGAGGACCGAGAACUAUGUCCCCAUGGUGACGACGUCACCGCAGGAUAUGAUGUCAUCCUGUGUCUGGGCGUGACCAAGUGGGUCCAACUGCACGGUGGCGACGGGGGCGUGGUCAGAAUGUUCAGACAGAUCUAUACACACCUACGACCAGGUGGCAUUCUCCUCCUGGAACCACAACCCUGGAGCUCCUACUGCCGCAGCAAGAACAUCACGGAGACGACGUACAGGAACUACUGCGAUAUCAGACUGAGACCUGACAACUUCUGUUGUUACCUCACCUCUACUGUGGGCUUCACCUGUUACAGACUACUGACUGAUACAGGAUUCCAGAGGCCAAUCUACCUGUUCCACAAAGGCCCCGCCCCCAGGAAGUGACUGGGUCAAGAUAUGACACGUGAGUGCCGAAGCACCGCAGGUAGUGGACCGCUGCCGAGAGCGCUGCCUGGCUCCAUGGAAACAACCGCCCAGCUGGUAUGAUUGGUGGACGCUCACCACUACCUGAACUCUGGUGGAACGCUCAAACCGUGAUUGGAUGAGAGGAGCUUCUAAUGACUCAUAACUGAUUGAUCAGUCAGGCAGACUGACAAAACUAUUAAUCAAUGAUUAGUUAGUCAUCCAGACUGACUGACCAAACUAUUAACAGACUGAACUAGAGACUUGUAAACCACACAGUUCACGGCCAGGGCACCCUCCUAUCUCUCUCCCCUCAGUCAACUGUCUACUGAGACGUGGCGUCCUGGUUGAGCCCUCUGCAGAGCCAGUUUCACCCUCUCUGAUUCAACCCCACUGAAUGAACAGGGAGCCUGGAGGAGGAAGUAGAAACUAGAACCACAAGGAGCCAAGCGGGGCCUGAGUGUGUGUCUGCCAGUUCUUCUCUAGUGUGUGUACGAGGAGGCAUGUUAUUAUAUAUAUGUGUGUGUGUUUCUGUGUGUAUGAGGGAGGUUGUAAUUGUGUGUGUGUGUGUUUCUGUGUGUAUGAGGGAGGUUGUAAGUGUGUGUGUGU